GAGAUCGCCCUUCCUCUGUCAAGGCUUAGCUUAGGAUAGGUGAGAAACAGUACAACAGGCAGAAUCGACACAGCGUCACUUUUCCACUCUCCCUCGCCAGAGUAAAAGCCUUUGAGUAGCCUCACAGUAGCAGCAGGAUAGAGCAGCGUAGGGGGCCAUUGAUCUGUGGAGGGAUGUUACUGUGCUUACAAUGACCAACUGUUGGACUGGGUGGGCCUGUCAAAGCUCCUCGGUGAAGGAGAGGCAGGGCUCUCUGUGGACGAUGAACCGCUACACCACGCUAAAGCAGCUGGGGGAUGGCACGUAUGGCAGCGUGCUCCUGGGAAAGAGCAACCACACUGGGGAGCUGGUGGCCAUUAAGAGGAUGAAAAGGAAGUUUUACUCUUGGGAUGAGUGUUUGAAUCUGAGAGAGGUGAAGUCACUGAAGAAGCUGAAUCAUGCCAAUGUGGUGAAACUGAAGGAAGUCAUCAGAGAAAAUGACUACCUCUACUUUGUCUUUGAGUAUAUGAAAGAAAACCUCUAUCAGCUCAUGAAAGAAAGGGAAGAUAAGAUGUUUUCUGAAAAUGAGAUAAGGAACAUUCUGUUCCAAGUAUUGUCUGGCUUAGCAUUUGUGCAUAAGCACGGGUAUUUCCAUCGUGAUAUGAAACCAGAGAACUUGCUCUGCAUGGGCCCAGAGCUGGUUAAGAUUGCUGAUUUUGGACUAGCCAGAGAAAUCCGCUCGCAGCCACCUUACACUGAUUAUGUGUCCACAAGAUGGUACCGAGCCCCAGAGGUUCUGCUAAAGUCUAAUUCCUACAGCUCACCCAUCGACAUCUGGGCCAUGGGAUGUAUCAUGGCGGAGCUCUACACACUCAGACCCCUGUUCCCUGGGAACAGCGAGGUGGAUGAGAUCUUUAAGAUCUGUCAGGUGCUGGGAACGCUGAAGAAGUCAGACUGGCCUGAGGGCUACAACCUGGCCACCUCAAUGAACUUCCGCUUCCCAAAGUGCGUCCCCACCAGCCUCAGAUCCCUGAUCCCAAAUGCCAGCAACGAGGCGAUCACACUGAUGAAAGACAUGCUGCAGUGGGACCCUGAGAAAAGACCAAGUGCUGCUCAGGUUCUACGGUAUCCAUACUUCCAUGUCGGCCAGGCACUCAGUGCUCCUCUGAAGUACUCAGAGCAGCACAAGGCUCAGGCAAAGAUAUCCGAGGCGGCUGCAGAAACAAAGCCUCUGUCCCUCUGUAGGACGGACAUAGAGUCCGGCGAUCCAAGUAGGACACAGACCUGCAGCCAAUCUCUCCACCAGCCCCUUCAGCAGAUACUUUUACCUCAGGACAACAUGGAGCAAAGCACAAAACAAGAAAUGUGUUCCACCAUGCUGACAGAGGGGCAGCAGGAACCUUUCAGCCUGGUGAAAGACAGCUGGCAGGCUCCUACAGGAGCAAAGAAUGGCAUAACUGGAGUGAGGACAGGACGUCGACGGUGGGGCCAGACGUCUUUCAGGUCCGUGGACAGCUGGGACGAUGGUGAGGACGCAGACGCUGGAGUCUCCAUCUCCAAAAAAACCACCAUCAGCUCUCUGAAGGACAGGACACUGGAGGGACCUAGCUGUCGAUUUCCUGAGUCAAAGAACAACACGGGAGCAAAACUGCAGAGCAACAGCGGGCUGAACAGAGCUUAUUCCAUCACCUCGUCUGCCAAGCAACACUACCUCCGCCAGUCCAGAUAUCUGCCUGGCAUAAAUCCAAAAUACAACUCCUCAGUAGGAGGCCAGGUUGUCAGCAGAAACCUUUGGGGCAGCUCGUGUUUAACCAGAGGACAGAUGCUGGAGUUUAUUCUAAAUAAAGACUCCUUCAUGAGCCACUCCAACAACCCAAACAAAACACACAUGUCACCUUUACAGAAGACUGAAACAAGAGCCGCUAGACAGAGGAUUACACUGGCACCUAUAGGAGACACCUCUGCUAUUGAUCUAAGAGUUGAGUCUAAAAUAAAGUCAUCCAAGAGCAAGACCUCCUCAAAUAAACUGCUGCUCUCAAAUGAAGAAUAUGAAGGGUGGAGGAGCAGAUCUCUGAAUCCUCAGAACCCUGGAUCCAGCGUUACAGGGAAGAACACCUUUUCAAGGAGCACAAACACCCAGCCAGUGCACGGACGAGUAGACUGGACUGCCAAAUACGGAGGCCACCAGUAGCAGUCCACUCUGCUCCACCAGUGACUCAUGGGAAAAGUUCCCACGGCACUUUAGCCAAGAAAUACAGACUUCAGAGGAGAAGUGUUUCUUGCUAGUCUGUUGUAACAUGUGACAUGCUAUUAAAAAAUUGUUCAGUGUUGUACAAGUGUCCCAUAACUUCUAUGGUCAGUGUUUUUUUUGUUUUGUUUUUUUUAUAUAGUAGAAAUGAAAUAAAGUAAUUAUUUCUUUAUCAAAGUAGGUACAUUUAUUGUUUUACAGCAGCAGAUAAUUUACAAGCUCACAUCACCUAACUGUAUACAAAUGUACUUUAUUUUCUUGUACCCUUUCCUUAAAAUUAUUUAUAUCACAUUUUUUAUACAGAACCAGACUGUAUUAGAAAACCACAUCAAGGGAAUGUUUGCGAAUGAAGAGUAGGUGGGAGCACAAAUGAGAUUUUUUUUUUUAUGUCAAAAAUGUGUACACACAGAAAAGGUAUAUUUAGAUAUUUUCAUUUUUUCAUUUAUGUGGUUUCCUCUGCAUUCCAGUGAUGAUUUUUACCAGCAUUAGUCCACUGAAAAGAAACAUUUAUAUCAGGAUAUGGUAAAUAAAGGACUGAAAAGUAAA